AUGGACGCGGUAUUCCUGAAGAAUCUGACCAUCAACGGGAAGCUCUCCUUCGAUGACAGCCGAGAUCGAACCUUGACCACAGGCAGCAUCCUCUUGUGGGGUCUGCUGGAGAUCGGCACACCGCAGCAUCCUUUCGGGAAGGACACGGGCAGCAAGGUGACGAUCCGGCUGAGCGGUGAUGUGCUCAACACGGAGGACUACGUCUACAUUCAAGAGCAGUCUCUCUGGGGCAAGGUGAUUGCCGUCAUCGGCCAGGUCAAAACAUACGGCGCGCCGAUUGCCGACACUUGGCUCCGCCUUGCGCAGAGCAUUGGAGCGUCCGAAGAGACGGCCUGCGUCAUGAACGCCACCGGGCCUGUGGACUGGCCUGCUGGCACAGAGGUGGCCUUUUCGGUGACGGAGUUCGACAACCCGUGGGGCCGCACGCUCACUCGGACGCUCACGCAAGACACGGCAUAUGACGAAGACAACGAUUGCUGGAGGAUCCACUGGAGUGGCAAUCUGAACGAAAGGCGCUUUGCCGGCGACGUGCCUGUUAGUGACACGAAGACGGUCUCCCUGCGAGCAGUGGUCGCGCGCAUAGACCGAUCGGUCGUGUUCACGUCAGCCUACAUUGACACGACUGGCGGAAGCGCUUAUGGCGGGCACAUGGAGAUCUUCGAUGUGGCACUGGGCGAUCUUGCCGGCUCUUCUGUGGUCGGCGAGGUGGAUAUGAAGUACACUCGCUUCCACAACCUCGGCAAGGGAGCCCUCUCAGCGGCAGUGAAGGUGACCUUCGCGUCCAGCUUCGAGCCACCUCCCGUUUUGAUCUUCCACGGGUGCUCCUGGACGUCGUCCGUGGAGUACGCCCUUCACUUGGAGUCAUCGAACGUCCCGGUGCUCAUCACGAACAACGUGAUUGUGCAGUCCUUGAAUGGCGGAAUCUUCCUGCAGGAGGGCGCGGGCGUCCAGAUGAAGGACAACGCCAUCUUAGGUAUCAAAAUGGCGGACACGGCACCAAGAGCGAUUGCCGAGGACGAGGACCAGGUCAUUGUCAUACAAUAUGCCGGCAUCCGUGCCGAUGUGAUGCCGGUGCGCAUGAUCGGCAACAUCGUGUCCGGCUCCAAUGACAUGGGCUUCAUGCAUCCGGCAGAGUCCUGCCCGCCACGGGCCAUCUUUAACAACGAGGCAGUGGGCACGAUCACUGGAGUGUUCCUCCACACACAAAAGUCCGGCGUGUGCCAGACCAUCAACCUGUACACGAUCUGGAAGACGGCCCAUGUCGCCCUGUACCUCUCUGAUGUGAUCCCACCGCAGACGAUGCUGUCGAACAUUGUGAUUGCGGAUUCUCACAUCGGCAUCAUUCCAUACAUGAGCGUCGGCUCGGCGUUCAGGCGCCUGUACCUGCGCAACGUCACCUUCAUUGGAACAUCACCAGCCGGCACAGACUGCAGCGUCUCAAACCACUGCCGAACGCAGACCCUCACGGAUCCCUAUGCCAAUGGCUGCUCUUCCAUGUACACUGGAGCCGGAUUCCGACGGGUCGGGUUUGUGACGCCGAUCCAGACGAAGAAUCGCAAGAGCUGCUGGACGACGAAGCCCGCUUACCAGUGUCGGCUGAUGUCGCCAGCGCAGCCCACGCUGACCCCCUGCCACCAGCCCUGGGAGAAGGAUAUCCACAUGCAGAAGGGCCUAGGCUGGACCUACUUUGAGGAUACGACCUUCGCCCACUGGAAGAGCUCUGACUGCGGCAUGUCGGAUCGCGCGAUCGCGCCGAACCUGUGGGGAGCAGAGGUGAAUUUCCCCGCAACGUUCACUCGCACCACCUGGUACGAGUCUGACCCCGGCGCCCGCUUCGAAUUGAGCACUGACGCACUGGACUCUGCCUACGCGGCUCGAGCCAGCCCUUGCAAAAGCAGCGGUGGCGGCUGCAUGGGUCUGGACCAGCUGCUCUUCCAAGACACUGAUGGUACACUCACAGGGGUCGAUGCACCAAACGCCACUGUGUUGCCUCUGACCCCGCGCACGGACAUCGUGUGGGCGCCCUUCUGCGAGACCCAGCUCUUCGACGUGAAUGUGGGAGUGCAGGUCUGCGGCAAUCUGACGGUGGACCUCCUGGAGAUGGUGAACCUGGACCGUGGUGCCAAAGAUAUCAAGUUCGGGCCACUGGUGCUCACGCCCGAUGUGGAGGAGGACAACGGCUUCGAGGGCGGCGUGUUGAGCAGUGUCGGACCUUUCUACGCCUCUUGCCCCUGUGGUUGGGACUUCUCCUUCUAUCACAUUUUGAUCAAGCCUGACACCACCUACUACGCGGAGGUCAUGUCGCUGCCAGAGAACUUCAGGCUCCGAUACUGGUCACCUCGCCCGGAUGACUCUGUGCUGUUGGAGAUCUUCUAUCCCGACAGUCGGGGCGUCAACGUCUUCGUGGGCGGUGCCAAAGAGCCCGACAUGGCCCUGAAAUUGGGCCGAAAGCCAACUCUCGAUGACGAGCACGGUGCGCACGUGGUGGACGCUCAAGCGCUGCGCUUGUACAUCACCCUGCGGGGAUCAACGGCAGGCUUCAAUGCUCAACGCGACCUUGUCGUCCGCCGCACACCCACAGUGAAGCUGAAGAUGAACAUUGAGAUCAGUAUCGAGGAGUUCAAUGCCGAGCAGUUCCAGACAAACCUGGCCAUCCUCUUGGGGAUUCCACCCGAGCGUAUCGUUGUGGCUGCGGUGCAGGUCCGACGUCGGCUUGCACUGGUAGACACGACGGAGGCCGACCUCGAGAUGUCACAGGACUCAGACGAGAUGUGCCCCACUACCGGCUGCCAGACGCCAGGACGUCGCCUCGCUGUGGUGUCGUCGACUGCACUGGACGUGUCUAUCGAGCCUUCGCCAGAUGCCGCUGCGGCGGCUUCUGGAGGAGACUCCGCGAGCACAGGAUCGGAUGCGCUCAACGCCCAGGCGUCCGAGCUGAACCAGGUCUCCACCAACCUACAGGCCCUCGGUGGGACGGACCUGGCAUCGGCGGCCGGCGGUGAGGUGUCCAUCACGGAAGUGCAGACCCCCGCAGAGCCGGACGAGGCCAACAACGAACAGGUUCCGAGCCUGGAGGAGACGACGGAAGCUCAGGUCAUCGACAUCACCGCUGUGGCAGAGUCAACCGCCGCAGCGGAGGUGUCCGCUGAGGCUUCGUGCCCCACCAACUUUGGCAUCCUGGUCACGGUCGGCUUCAGCCAGGGCAUCGUGUACCCCUCUGCGGAGCUGGCGACAGGAAACACGGAGACGUCGCUUUGUGCCAAUGUCGACUCGGGCUUCGAGGGCUCGAUCCUCCUUUCGUGCAACUCGGGCGUGCUGAAGGCGAACUCUGGCAGUUGUGUGCCCAAAGGCUGCAGUGACCCUGUGGACGUUACGGUGGGCUCCGCCACGACCUCCAUCUCCCCCCAGGCAAACAUGGCCUCUGGCGUGGUCUCGACACAGGCCUGCACCGAUGUCAGCGCGGGUUUCACUGGCAGCUACGAGCUGUACUGCAGCAUGGGUGUCCUCACGUAUGACGCAUCGACCUGCAGCCCGGGCUGCAAUGCCAGCCAGAGUGUGGCCGUGACCGUGGCUGGCUCUUCAACAUCGUGGAGUCCCAGUGCCGCCAUGGGUUCUGGGGAGACUUCCUCGGUGUCUUGCGAACCCAUCAACAGCGGCUACUCUGGCACCAUCCAGAUCAGCUGUUUCUUCGGGGUCCUCUCUGCCAACCCGGCGGGCUGCGGUCCGAAGCAAUGCGACGUUGGUGAUGUGGUCAGUGUGACACUGGAUGGAGUCACAGCCACCCUGGCACUGGCAAGAGCCAUCCAGUCUGGCUUGACAGCAACCCGCUCCUGCUCUGAUGUCAACGAUGCCUGGGGAGCCGACCUCACGCUGAGUUGCAACCUGGGAACCCUGAGUUCAGAUGUGACCUCGUGUCUCAAAGCCUGCUCGGCUUCUGACAGCCUCGACAUCACUGUGGAUGGGUCCACGCAGACUGUCAACCCAGCAGCUACAAUCGCUAGUGGAGCAGCAGAGUACAACCGGGCUUGCAGUGAGCUGAACUCUGGCUACCAGGGCACCUACACCAUGUUCUGCAACCUGGGCGUCUUGAGUGCCGACACCUCCUUCUGUGAAGCAAAGGGCUGCUCUGACACGGCCACCGUCAAUGUCGAUGUGGGUGGGGCGACCUCGGUUGUUGCUACCGGCGCCACUCUUCUGCAUGGAGAAUCCAUCGACCAACUCUGCGAAGAGGUCAACCCACAGUAUACUGGCACGCUCUCCAUCGAUUGCGCCUUCGGCACAGCCUCGCUUGCAUCGCAGACCUGCGCUGUCAAGCCCUGCGAGCCUUGGGACUUUGUGGCGGCAUCGUUGCACGGGGCCUCUGGCUUGCUCCAACCCCGCGAGCAAAUCUUGAGUGGCGAGUCGGGUAUUGGCGAGUGUGGAAACGUCAACAUCGAGUACAGUGGAGAUUUCACGAUGACCUGCAACCUCGGCGUGCUGGAGGCUGGCGACUCCUCCGCCUGCCGCCGGACAUGUUCGCCGUACGGGUCCAACACCACUGUGACGGUGGAGGGUGAGGUGUACGUCGUCUGGCCCAUCCGGCGCAUUCCACAUUUGGGCACCGGCGUGCAGGCCUGCGGAAACGUCCUUUUCGGCUUUGGAGGAGAGGUGGAAAUGGCAUGCGAUGAUGGCACUUUGACGGUGCUUUCCCACAACUGCCAACCGGAGCCGUGCGAAGCCGGUCUCUUGAUCCAAACGACCAUCUAUGGAGUCACUGGUAUCGCCCCUCUCAUGACCUCGACGCCCCACCUCGGCACGGGUCUUGUCAACUGCUACAGCAUCAACCCGGAGACGACCGGAUGGUUUGAGGCCACGUGCCUGGCCAGGACGCUGACCCUGGUCUCUGAAACCGCUUGCCGCAAGUCGUGCACAGACACCUCGCCAGCGACUCUGCAGAUCGAUGGCUAUGACUACACCGUCCUCCCAGUCGGCACUAUACCGCACAACAGAUCGCAUACUCAAAAUUGCAGUGCCUUCUGGCCUGGCUACGAGGGCACCAUCGACAUGCAGUGCAUUGACGACGUAGCCUCGGUUGUGGACCAAGCCUGCAUUCCUUUGCCAUGCCCAGAUCCAAGAAUGGACGAUGAGAACUACACCGAAACGGAGCGAACUCUGCCACCAUAUUCUGUGUACUUCGACAACUGCUCCACCAUCCGCGAAGAGCUGGUGGGCGAGAUCAAGUACACCUGCCUCGGAGGGCAGGUCCGACCCAACGUCUCCGCCUGUGGCGCCCCGUGCAACGCGUCCGAACAGGAUCCGGACCUCCAUGGCAGCGAGGCAGUCAUCCCCUGCUACACAUUCAUCAGCAGCAUGUACGAUGGCAAUGCUUUCCUCUCGUGCGAUGAUGGCGUGUACAAGCCCAACAUCACGGGCUGCCAGAGGGCUUGCCUGCCCGGAGAGAUGACCACCGUGGUCGUUGCUGGGGAUGUUUACGACGACGUGACGGUCACUGACCGCCUCAGCUCCGGAGUCGUUGAACAGAGGAACUGCAGCCUGUUGGACUCCGGCUAUCACGGCAUUCUGAACUUGACGUGCUCCAACGGACUGCUCACGGACAGCCACAGCUGCCACAAGCUCUGCCUCACCUCCAGCAGCGUUGAUGUCUCUAUCGGUGGCAAUGUACUCCCGGUCUCGCCUGUUUCCCAAAUCGAGCACGACCAGACGGGUCUGGUCUCGUGCGGCAGCGUCGUCGCAGGCUACACUGGCGAUGUCGUGCUCACCUGCAACGAGGGUACCAUCACGGCAGACACCUCUGCAUGCAUGGGAGCUUGCUCCCUGGGACAAAGCCUCUCGGUGACCUUUGCGGGCGAGGCAAAGGGCUUGACCCUCUCUUCGGAGAUUCCGCAUGGCCAGACUGGUAUAGAAGGCUGCAGCAGGGCCGAUUCCGGUUUCACCGGGAAUUUGGUGAUUGCCUGCAGUGAUGGUGUGGCCACGCUGAGCUCCGAGUCUUGCCAAGAGCGCAGCUGCGCAGAGGACCUGAGCUGGCAGAUGACUUUGGGAUCCAUGACGGUCACGAAGGCCCUCGAUGCCGAGGUCAACCACGCGGGCAUCAUCACGCUGAAUUGCAGCGAGGUCAACAUGGAGUGGGACAACGAGAUCGCAGUCACUUGCAUCAAGGGUGCGCUCAUUCCCGACUACUCUGACUGCAAGCCGGCGUGUAUGCCCGACUAUGGCACGCCUCUUCUGAUGGGCCUGGAGAAUGUCACUGUCAGCCCUGACAACCGGAUGGCAGAUGGCGACACUUUCGUGAAGCAGUGCAGUGAUUUCGGUUCUCAGCAUCAGGGUACAAUGCUGGUGACAUGCAGCUUGGGCACACUGUCUGUGGACAGCUCCUGCCUGGUGGGUUGUGGAGCCUCGCAGAUUGUGCAGGCCAACCUCGACUGGCAGCUGUUCGUGACGGAUAUUGGCCAAGUCAUUCUUCACUCGCAGAGUGCGGAUGUGGACUGUCCAGACGGAUUCUCCGGCAGUAUGACAGUCAAUUGCGACGCGGGCGUGGCCACCGUGGACAUGCCAACCUCUUGCGAGCCUCUGCCGUGCCCGGGGGGCACCACGAACUACCUCGAGUACGAUUUCGUUGGCCGCGAUAUCACCAGCGAGGCUUUCCGCGAACACAACGCGAGCUACACCUUGGAGUGCGCCUUUGUUAACCCGGCGUUCCGCGGCGACUUCCAGGUCGUGUGCAAGUACGGCAAUCUCACGGGCGACUUUUCGACAUGCAUUGGUGAUCCGUGCCUCUACGGUGCGAGCGUGGAGGCGUUCGUGGGCUGGCAGAGUGCGGUGAAGGAGUCGCCUUACGGACAGGUUGAGCACGGAACCACCUGGACUGAAGAUUGUGGCAGCAUCAACAGCGAGUUCAGCGGCGACAUGAUGUUGACUUGCGUCGGUGGCAACAUCCGCUACGAUCCCUCGACCUGCGUUCAGCUGGAGGUGGGCUGCCUUCCGACAGGUGAAGGAGCGGAAAUCAUGCUUGGCAACGACACCAAGGUGGUUCGGACCACGUCGGCCGUUGCGCUGGGUCAGGCUUUCACGUUGGACUGCAGUGAGGUGGAUAGCAACUGGGUCGGAACGAUUUCCGGCACAUGCGGCUCGAAGGGGAGCUAUGUGGGUCUGCAGGUGAACUGCAUCCCGCAAGCGUGUGCAGCAGGCUUGCCAUCAAACGUAACAAAGGGUGGCAUCUUCGAGGUGGUUUCCACGUCGAUGGCGCUUUCGCACGCGCAGACAGAGAUCGCCACCUGCGAAAGUGCCAAUGAGGCGCUGCGCGGGGAGCUCCGGCUGACGUGCCACUACGGCGUCGUCUUGGCCGAUGCGUCCUCCUGCGAGCUCUUCUGCCUUCCAUCGCGGCCGGGACAGGUUAUUCUCGGAGGCAGCGUGCACAGCGUCGUGCCGCCACAGGCCUUCCAGGAUCCAUAUGGCCUCGACUGCUCGCUGCUGAUGUCGGGCUUCUCGGGUCAGGCUACAGUCCGAUGCAACGGCGGCGCUGUCGAUGCGGAUGUGUCAGCCUGCGCGGCGAUGCCGUGCCCUUCAAGCAGUUCGGCCAGUGUCACGUUGUACGAUCAGACGCAAACCCUGAUGCCCUCGCAGGAGUUGACAAGCGGCAGCGCAGAGACAGUGAAUUGCUCCUCAGUGAACCCUGUCUACGCUGGCAGCAUCGAGCUCCGAUGCUUUGCAGCCGCGAUGACCGUGGACAUCGGGGGAUGCGUGUGCCAGGAUCAAUCCUGCAGCACGGCUCCGUGCCAGACUGGGGACACCUUUGUGGUGGACCUGUCAGGAAUUCGCAAGGAGCACGCUAUGACAGAAACCUUGGGUGCCUUGAACUCCACUGUGUUGACCUGUGACGCCGUGGUGCCUGGCCACGAUGGAAACGUGACGGUGUUGUGCACUGGAGGCAUCCUGAAGGCAAACUCCAGCGCUUGCGCAGCGCGUGGAUGCUCGUCCUCAACUCCAGCACAGCAGGUCAUCGUCGGCGGAGCCACUGGUGCAGUGACAACAGAUCAGGAGCUUCUUCACACCGAGCACUUCGUUUGGGACAACUGUUCCAGCCUGGACACCGGUUACAAGGGCGUCAUCAACACAACCUGCUACCUCGGGGAGUUCGUUGUGGAUGGUGGCUCGUGCGUGCCACAGCCGUGCGACGAAGACGUGCGGGAGGUUGUGGUGGCAGGCCUGGCUCUUACGGUGCGGCUGACGGGCUCCUCCCUUGGUUCCACUUCUCCAGCACCCCACGGCUUCCAGGGCACUGGGGACUGCGCUCAGCUGGACGACAACCUCAUCGGAUCGUUCUCCGUGGGCUGCACCGCAUCAGAGUUCAGCUUGGAGCUAGGCCAGUGCGUGUUGAACACGUGCGAGCCUCCCAGUACAGCUGUUGCAUCCGUGGGUGGUGCGACGCAGUCUGGCUCGCUGGUUCUUGACGAGCAGUAUGAGCACAACUGCCCUAACACCUCCGACGCCGGCGACAAGUGCGACGUCAGCUGUGCCCGUGGUUAUGGCGGCGAGAGCACCAAGCUUCGAUGCUGGUCAGGAGCGAUGGAGCCCAUCGGGGAUCUCCCCAGCUGCGUGCAACUACCCGUGUACGUCGCCGUCACAGGGACGAUCGACCUUCAGGUCAAUGACCCCCAGGCUUUCAUCCGAGAUGAGAGCGUGCAGCAAGGGGUGGCUGCAGGCAUCGCCAACACCUUCAAU